GACCGAUGUCGAAGAAGCCUCUCGACGAGGCUGCCGUGCUCGAGCUCCAGGCAGACCUGUUCGCCGAGGACGUCGAUCCGCCCUCUCCGCUCCCCGCGUGGGCGGAGGACCAGUGGGUCGCCUUCUUCGAGUCAGGCGGCGAUGCCGCCGCCGCCGAGGCGGAGCUCGCGAGAAAGGCGGCCGCGGCCGCCGGGCCUCCACGUUACGAGGUCGUGCACCGCGCGUGCUUCGUGCGGGCGGAGCCGAGUGUCAAGGCCAAACCGGUCGGCCAGCAGACGCGCGGCACCGUCUUCGAGGCGUCUGCGGUGCGCGACGGCUGGGUGAAGCUGUCACACAACGCGCCCGGCUUCGACGCGAUGUCCUCGUCGAGCCCGACUGGCGAGUGCUGGAUGCUGAUUGACGGGAGCGAGGUCGGACUCGGAGAGCUCCUCCGCCUCCGCCCUCCCCAGCUCUCCGCCGCCGCCCUCGCCGCCGCGCUCGCCGGCCGGUCUGACCUCGUGCGCUUUGUCGCGCCAGUGGCAUACGAGGUGGCCGCGCCCUCACCCUCGCUCGAGAAGCGGCUGCCAUCGUCGACGACGUACCAGGUGACGCGCGCGGGCGGGCCGUGCUACGCGUGGUCGUCGCCCGGCGGCGCGGGCGAGAAGCGGCCGCUCGAGACGCUGCAGUACGAGGCGCGGGUGGCGGUGGAGGCAGAGUGCGGCCACUGGGUCAAGCUCAAGGGCGUGCCGCAGCCGGCGUGGGUCGAGCUGGACGUCUUCCUCGCCGGCGUCGACUCGCCCUGUUCGCAGAUCUCCUCUGCUGGCGCCAUGUGCCUGUCGCCGGCGCUGCAGAGCGGCGAGGACAUCGUCAGCCACCAGCUCGAGCUGCAGUCGAUCUUGCACGGUGUGCACCAGCGCUACGCCGGCCGCCAAGGGCGGUACAACAAGCACGACACGGCGCGGCUCCGCUACAUCAAAAACACCGCCUUCCCGGGCCUGCGCUUCGGCAAGAUGGUGCCGGAGCGAGACAUGGCGAUGCUCAGCCCUCUCCCACCGUCGCGGAUCGCCCGUCACCUCGCCUCUCCGCAGGGUCAUCUCUCGCGCCGUCUGCAUCUCUCUGCCGGUCGCCAGCACCCGCCACCGACUGGCUGCACCGCCACUCGCGACGCGCCACCCUCGCUCACCAGCCUGCAUACGCGCUACUCCCGCCGUGCCUUUGCUGCCACAUGGAUCGCAUGUCACUGCAAACGCGCCCGCAGCCGCGCCGUAAAGGUCUGCCUUGCUGGCUGA